AUGAAGAUCUCAGCCCACACAGUCAUCCUCGUCUUCCUCACCCUGACAGCUCUGUGCAGAAUCGAGUCAGCAUGUGGGAAGAGUGCGAAGGACACAGUGGAGGAGUGGACUCGCUACAAGGAGGAGUGCCUGCUGAAGAUCAGUGCAGAGCCCACGCCGUCUGGUGUGGCGUGUGGCCGCAUGUUCGACAGCUAUGCCUGCUGGACGGAUGGGCUGCCCAACACCACAGUCAAAGUGCCCUGUCCCUACUACCUCCCAUGGCAUCAAAAAGUGCGGAGUGGCUUCGUGUUCAGGGAGUGUGGGGCGGACGGCCAGUGGGCCACCUACAACACCAGCCGCACCUGGAGGGACCACUCCCAGUGCAAUGACGACGGCAGCCAGGAGAUGGCGCAGGAGAAUAAGGAUAAGAUCAUGCUGCUGGCCUACUUCCGUGUGAUAUAUACAGUGGGCUACUCCCUAUCCCUGGCCAGCCUCUCCCUUGCACUCAUCAUACUGCUCAUCUUCAGGAAGCUGCGCUGCACGCGUAACUUCAUCCACACCAACCUGUUUGCCUCCUUCAUCCUGCGUGCCGUCUCCAUCCUGACGCGCGACGCCCUGCUCACCAGAGACGCCCCCGAGUUCAGGGACAGCAGAGACGUGUCCAACAUGCUGAGCGACAAGGCCCUGUCCGGGUGCCGCGUUGCCACGGUGCUGAUGCAGUACUGCGUAGGGGCCAACUACUACUGGCUGCUGGUGGAGGGCCUGUACCUCCACAACCUGCUGGUGCUCAUGGUCUUCUCGGAGAACAGCUACUUCUGUGGCUACCUGGUCAUUGGAUGGGGGACGCCGGUGUUGUUCGUGGUGCCCUGGAUAGUUGUGAGAUACCUGUAUGAAAACACCAGGUGCUGGGAGAUGAAUGAACACAUGGCCUACUGGUGGAUCAUCAGAACACCCAUAAUGCUGGCCAUAUUGGUUAAUUUCUUCAUCUUCAUUAGGAUCAUACUGAUUCUGGUCUCGAAGCUGAAGGCCCACCAGAUGCGAUACACUGACUACAAGUUCAGGCUAGCCAAGUCCACCCUGACCCUGAUCCCUCUGCUGGGCAUCCACGAAGUGGUGUUCGCCAUCAUGACGGAGGAGCAGACCGAAGGGACACUCAGGAACAUCAACCUCUUCUUCGAAUGCUUCUUCAACUCCUUUCAGGGCUUUCUGGUGGCCAUCCUCUACUGUUUUGUGAACAAAGAGGUCCAAUCAGAGAUCAAGAAGAAGUGGCAGCGGUGGCGUUUAGGCAUCAGCGUGCUGGACGAGCAGCGCAACACGGGAAGCCACACCCCUCAGGGAGGCGGGGCCGUCAUGGGCCACCUGUGCCACCACAGCUCCUCCUGCUGCCAGGACUGCCCACACUGCACAUACAAAAAAUUAUCUAACUAAGGCACUCCAAGUGGCCACCACCACCACCACCCAGGGGCCAAGAAAGGGAAGGCCUACUGCUACAUCUCGGCACGCAAGCAGGCGGUGAACGGGGUGGACGGACACAUGACGGGGAACGGGGAGGGAGGGGACGCGGAGGAGCUGAGGUAUUCGGAGAGUUACUGCUGACCUCUGUUUUCACUGGACAUGCAAGUUCAUACUGCUGGCGUCUUUGCUGGACAUGCAAGUUCACAGUACUGCUGGCAUCCUGGACCUCCUUCUUCACCUGGGUGGCACUGCAGGCAGGACCUUGAGGGGAUCUGACACAUCUCACCUGGACUUUUACACCUGGGUGUCAGUACAGAUGGACCGACUCGGGACCAACUCAGGAUGGGUCCAAAGUUAGACCUUGAGCCGAGCGGAUCAUGACCAGAUCUCACCGGAUCUCACCCGGAUCUUUCCCAUAAUGCACCUGGCUGUCAGAAGGUGACUGGGAAUGGCUCAUACAUGUACAUGUGUAUGUGAUCCAGAGAUGCUGCUUUUGUCUGAACAUGUGGACUCCUCAUCCCUUCACACCUGGAGUGUUUGAGGGCGU